GCUACACAAGAGUUCGGAAGUGGAAACAAUCAUACGCCCCACCCGGUGUCGCACAUCCAUGCGCAACCUAAUCACAAUAUUAGACACCACAAAACAAGAGAAGAAACACUCCGCACCAAUAAGAGAAAGAAAACAAGAGCUAAUAUCCUCCUCGCCACACUAAACAUGAGAGGGCGAGCAUCACCACAACUAGGGAACAGCAACAUAUCUAAAUGGACAACAAUACAACAUAUCAUGAGAGAAAAGAAAAUAGGCAUUUUAUGCGUACAAGAGGCGCACCUGUUACCUGAGCACGAAACACAAAUAGAUACACUCUACACACGAAGACUGAAAGUCGUGAACUCAAGGGACCCUCACCAGCCUGGCAACUCGGCUGGAGUCGCAAUAAUUAUCAAUAAAGAAAUAGUCAACCCAAAUGAACUAACCAUAACUGAAAUCACCCCUGGAAGAGUGCUAGUCAUCAAAAUAAAUGGCACAAUGAAAAAAGACCUAACUAUCGCCAACAUAUACGCCCCCAACAAUCACACACAACACGCAGAAUUCUGGAAUAAGAUCGCCGACACAUGGCAAGAAAAACGACUCCCUAAUCCAGACUUCGUCAUGGGGGACUUUAAUACAGUGGCUCAAAAAACCGUCCGUAUG